AUGGCUCUUCGGCUGUUCGUCAACUUGUCCUUCCUGGGCACGUGCUUGGCGCAAUCAAAUGGCAUAUCAUUUGGCUACGAGGUGGCGCGGCACACAGACCCACGGCGCUUGUUGGAGGUUAUGGAGGCGCAGGGCGGCCACGAUGAAGUUGCAACAAAAGCGCUGGAGGUAAGUCGAAAGUUGUUUGACUUCGCGAGCAUGGCCGAUUCCAUUGGCGGUGCGGCAAAAUGGGCCACCGACACCGUCAGCGAGGUGCAAAACAAAGUUGUUGGUGUACAAGAAGCAGCAACAUUGAUCCAGGGUGCGAAUGGGUACGUGCAGGAGGGAACGCAACUCACCGGCCAAGCGUGGGACAGCAUGAAGGGCCUUGGUGACAAGAUGGGCACGAUCUAUCAAGAUUUUGAACCUCUCGAGCCGGCAUUUGCCAGUGCCAGCGGGGUCGCUCAAAUCACAACGGACGAGGGCUUUCUGUCCAAGCUGGUGCACUGCAUACGCGAGAUCAUCAGCAGCAACAGCAUCCUUGACAUCUUGGGCUCGGCUUUGGAAAAGGUCAUCGGCAUCUUCACACAAAUCAAGGACGCCGUUGUCAGCAUCGUGUCAAAGCUUGGAGGAGGCCGAAGGCUGCGCCAGGCAGGUGAGGACGGUCGACGUCUUCUUGAUUACAGCCAGUUGCUCGAGGGUAUCGACUUCGAAUGGCUCGGGAAUAAGAUUACAGGCUUUGUUGCCGACAUCAAGAAACAGUCAGAAAACCUGGUUGACAUUGACACCAUCCUGGGUCCAAUGCUGUCCAAGAUGGACAAGACUGGUGAGGCAGUACGGCGCCUGGAUUUUGUGACGGAGGCGACGAACUCGAUCACGGAUGCUGCCAACGUCAAGGAGCAAGCUGAUAAGAAUGCCCGCGCCAUCGGCAAGAUCAUUCCGACUUGGCAAGCGGUCGAGGGCACAGCUGUCAACAUGUGCCCUUCCGUGCUGGCAACGAAGGACACCAUGAACCAUUUGUCGUGCCGGACUACGGAGUUUGUCAGCCAAGCCGGGCUAUCAUCUUUUGUUCCUUCGCAGGUGACGGACAUCGUGGGCAAUUGCCCGGCUGAUCUGCCGACUACCGAGCAGGCCGUGGCUCAAGGAUGCCCGGCAGAGGCCAAGUCCGCUAAUGUGAGCAACGUGCUUGGCGAGCAUGCGCAGAAAAUCGGCUGGGCCAUGGCGGUGGGCGGGGGUGCUCUCGGCUUGGGUGUGUGCGGAGGAGGUGCCGCCAUGUUGAAAAGCCAGAUGAGCAAGGACGAGGACACUUCCGAUGAUGAGGAGGACGACGAGUCAGAGAACCAGACGCUCAACGGCUAA